AUGAGAUGUUUCGGGGCCUGCGGCCGCGUCUUUUUCUCAGUGAGCACACUACACGCACCAUCGCUGCGUCGUUGUAGGUCCAUUUCUACUGGCAGUGGUGCCAAUUUACAGAAGCCUUCAUGGAUAGCACAGCUCUGCAGUGACGCACAAAAAUCGGAGAAGACAAUUUCCUGUGAUGUGAAAGUAUAUGAUGAGUUGUCGUGGCGUCGCCGCCGAUUUAGUUUCGACAAGGAGCUAUGGGAUCCGGCGCGGAUGAGCAGUAUUGUGCGCCGGCGUCUCUGUCUUGGUAACGAGGAAGCGGAGUACACCGUCAUUGGCGAAGCCUUUGCGUUUGCCGACAGGGAAGACUCCCCCGUUGUGAAUGAGCCACAACAUUCAUGCAAACUACUGUGGGAUCAUAACAGUUCUGUUGAAAAGUUGCUCAUACAGAUUUCAGACCAUUUCCCACCGUUGCUGUGGUAUGCUGUGAAGCCUACCCUUGAGUCACUUAAGCGCAUCUUUUCAGAGUUUCUGGAUGUCGACGCAGAACAUAUGAAGAAAAAUCUUCCCUACUACGAGUCUGUGCAAAAUGCCAUGGAAACGUCAACACAGGAGAGGCUUGGUGUAACGCUAAGUCCCACCAGUGUGAAGGAUCGUUUCGUGGCGGACAUGCGUCGGCGAGAUCCAAAGGACCUUGAACUUGACUACCCUUGUGAAUACAGUGUGUUUCUUGGAACCUCCCCACAUUUUCGUCUUGUGGAGGACAGGAUGAUGAAAUCCAAUCCCUUUGUCUUUGGGUGGCCACUGCUCCUGAGUGAUGGUAACGAACAUCUUGACGGAACACCGUUGCGGAUGGCCGCAUUCCGAACCGUCUACUCAAAGUCAUUAUUGAUGUUUCACACACGACUGGACCUGCAAGUAGACCACCGUCUUGCAUCCAGUGAGGCUGGUGAGGAAACGUUGUUGGAUGUCCCCAUUUUCUGCAACAUUAAUUAUCCGAAGAACACUCGACUUUGCGGCGGCAAGCCCCUCGUCCAGCGUUUCAACACUGUGAUGGGGACAACAUACCCUCUGGACACUCCCGUUGACAUACUAGCGGCGUUGGCAAAGGAGCAGUGUGUCAAGGGCCCCAACGAACUGUUGGAAGAACUUAGGUUUCUGACAGCGGCGGCUGAGCGGGCACCGGAUGAGGAGCGCGUAUUCCGCAUUUCUGACGAUCAGUUGAGCGCCAAUCGCAUUGUCGGACAAUUGGCGUACACAAUAAUUUAUGUUGCUUUGGUAAACUACGAUCGUUUCAUUAAGGAUGUGUUUGAUGUUUACAAGACACACAGAAGUGAUAUGGUGCGUGUCGCCUGUGCGAGAGGCGCCAGCAUUGUGGGGCGACCAGACCUCAUUGAGCAACUAAUAAGCGCAGAGCGGGAGGGACCGUGUAAGAAUAUGUUGCGCGGCGUCGUCACCACUCCGUGA